AGUCCUCAGCUGCCAGCAUCUGAUUAGAACCAUAUCUCUGGCCGGGAGUGGCCGCGCGGCUCCGAGGCUCCCGGGCCGGCGGCUAUUUAAGCGGGGCCCGCCGUGUGGGCUGCGCUGCAGCCUGGAGGCUCCGGGCGCGGGGAGUCAUGCUCGCUUCGCAGAGGCGCUAGCUAGCCUGUGUCUACAGUAGGUUAUGUUCAUUUGAGACUUCUCCAUCGGGGAUUGCCUGGUGUCACUAAGUGUCUGCUGGUGCUGGGGUUUGCUGCCUGCCAUCUUGUCAUGUCUAACGAAGUAGAAACAAGCACAACCAAUGGUCAGCCUGAUCAACAGGCCACAUCAAAAGCACCAUCGAAGAAAGAAAAGAAGAAAGGCUCUGAAAAGACAGAUGAGUAUCUCUUGGCCAGGUUUAAAGGUGAUGGUGUAAAAUACAAGGCCAAGCUAAUUGGCAUUGAUGAUGUGCCAGAUGCAAGAGGGGAUAAAAUGAGCCAAGAUUCUAUGAUGAAACUAAAGGGAAUGGCAGCAGCUGGUCGGUCUCAGGGACAACACAAACAACGGAUCUGGGUCAACAUUUCUCUUUCUGGGAUAAAGAUAAUUGAUGAGAAAACUGGGGUAAUAGAGCAUGAACAUCCAGUAAAUAAGAUUUCUUUUAUUGCCCGUGAUGUGACAGACAACCGGGCAUUUGGUUACGUGUGUGGAGGAGAAGGCCAGCAUCAGUUUUUUGCCAUAAAAACAGGGCAACAGGCUGAGCCAUUAGUUGUUGAUCUUAAAGACCUUUUUCAAGUUAUCUAUAAUGUAAAGAAAAAGGAAGAAGAAAAGAAAAAGAUGGAAGAAGCCAACAAAGCAGUAGAGAAUGGGAGUGAGUCCUUAUUGACUAUUGAUGACCAGUCCAGCAAACUGAAAUUGGGUGUUGACCAGAUGGAUUUGUUUGGAGACAUGUCUACACCUCCUGACCUAAAUAGUCCAACAGAAAGCAAAGAUAUCCUGUUAGUGGAUCUAAACUAUGAAAUCGACACCAAUCAGAAUUCUUUAAGAGAAAAUCCAUUCUUAACAAAUGGCAUCACCUCCUGCUCUCUUCCUCGACCAAAGCCUCAGGCAUCCUUCUUGCCUGAAAAUGCCUUUUCUGCCAAUCUCAACUUCUUUCCCACCCCUAAUCCUGAUCCUUUCCGUGAUGAUCCUUUCGCACAGCCUGACCAAUCGACACCCUCUUCGUUUGAUUCUCUCAAAUCUUCAGAUCAGAAGAAAGAGAAUUCGAGUAGCUUGUCUACUCCACUGAGUAACGGGCCCCUGAAUGGUGAUGUUGAUUACUUUGGCCAGCAGUUUGACCAAAUCUCUAACAGGACUGGCAAACAAGAAGCUCAGGCAGGCCCAUGGCCCUUUCCAAGUCCGCAAACCCAGCCAGCAGUGAGAACUCAAAACGGGGUAUCUGAAAGAGAACAGAACGGCUUCCAUGUCAAAUCCUCCCCGAACCCUUUUGUGGGAAGCCCUCCCAAAGGACUGUCCGUACCGAAUGGCAUUAAGCAGGACUUGGAAAGCUCUGUCCAGUCCUCACCACAUGACUCCAUAGCCAUUAUCCCACCUCCACAAAGUACCAAACCAGGAAGAGGCAGAAGGACAGCUAAGUCCUCAGCCAAUGACUUGCUUGCGUCAGACAUCUUUGCUCCUCCCACCUCAGAACCUCCAGGCCAGACGUCACCCCUGGGACAAUCUGGAGCCCUACAGACCAACCCUCUGGAUCUCUUCAAAACAAGUGCUUCUGCCCCAGUGGGGCCCCUUGUGGGUCUAGGUGGUAUACCAGUUACACCCCCUCAGGCGGGACCAUGGAGCCCAGCACCUUUAGUCUUCAGUCAGUCCACUUCCGUGGUCCCAGGAGCCAUGAUGGGAGGUCAACCUCCAGGUUUUGGUCAGCCAGUCGUUUUUGGUACAACCCCAGCUGUUCCAGGUUGGAAUCAGCCUUCGUCCUUCGGAGCCUCAACUUCCCCUGCAGCCCCUGUCAUUUGGGGCCCUUCUGCAUCUGUGCCACCCAGUGCUUGGCCAUCACCAAGCCCUUUGGGGAAUCCUUUCCAGAGCAAUAUUUUUCCAACUCCUGCUUUGUCCACUCAGCCCACUUCUAUGCUCUCCUCUCUCCUGGUCACUUCUCAGCCACCUCCCCAAACUGGCCCUCCAAAGGACACCUCCAGUGAUGCUUUCACUUCCUUAGACCCACUUGCGGAUAAAGAAGUCAAGGAAGUGAAAGAAAUGUUUAAGGACUUCCAACUGCGGCAGCCACCUGCUGUGCCCGCAAGGAAGGGAGAGCAGACUUCUUUUGGGACUUCAAGUGCCUUCUCCAGUUACUUCAACAGCAAAGUUGGCAUUCCUCAGGAGAAUGCAGACCAUGAUGACUUUGAUGCUAAUCAACUGUUGAACAAGAUCAAUGAACCACCAAAGCCAGCUCCCAGACAAGGAGCCCUGCCAGUUACUAAAUCUGCUGACAAUGCAUUUGAGAACCCUUUCUCUAAAGAUUCUUUUAAUUCUUCACAGGCCACUGUGGCUUCUCCUUUUGGAAAUCCUUUUGCCUAACUUCUGAGAACUUGGCAUGCUGACUAUCCAGAGGAACAAAAAGAUUGGCCUUAGUAGUCAAGGACAAAGCUCACAGCCAGACACGUCCUGACCUCUGCCCUUGUUCCAGCUUUAACGUAUUAUCUGUUGCCUUAUUUCUUCUUGACACUUCCACUCGUAAAAUGCCUUUUGCUUUCUGUCUAGGUUAAAGCUUAUCUCUGUCUAUGGCUUGAAAUAAAUUAAAACCCUAAACUCUCUAGCUUAAAUGUAAAUGAGGUAGUUUUCCUACUAAAUCCUUGCCUAUUGUGUCCCUAGAACCUUCUAGAACACUCUACCUUCUACCCUGUGGUUGGGAGAUGCAGCCACCACAACCCCUCGUAUCAUACUGUUUUAAAUAAAUUUUCAAAUUCUUACUGUUCACAGUUGUUUGGGGGUUCUGUUUGAGAGUGUGAAACCUAAAGAUGUAUAGUAGGACAAGGCCCCUUCUUAAAAGAAAUCUUGCUUCACACCAUCACUUACGGAGACUUUUUAAAGUGAAAUUGAAGCAAGCCCAGCUUCUCCUUAGGCACUUUGGAAUCUGGCACCUGAAGACCUUUUUAAAAAUAUAGUUCCUCCUCUUUCUGAGGAACCAUUUCUACCAAGGCCAAGAUUGUCUUUUUUCCAGUCUCUUGCUAGUUAUUACAAAUGAGGGGAAAGCAUUAUUCAUCUCUCCUUUCCUUUUCCCUUUGAUUCUCUCUUCAAGUCACUUUUGCUCCUAGGCUCAUAUAACAUUCCCUCCCUUCCGAAAACAGCAGACUCUCAAGGGGCAAAAAAAAUCAAAUGAUUUACAGAUCUAGAGCCCCUCUUCAUUUCAGGAACUAUGAGUCCCAGUAACUAGAACUGCAAGCGGGCACAACCUGUAUCUUUCCAGUGGAAUAGGAGACCAUCCUCCUGCACCGAAGUUCCAGAAGAAAAGUUAAUGUUGAAGAGAAAUUGAACUCAACUCAGCCAUGAAGGACUGUACACUGAGGAGCAACACAUCACAAAGCCAACCAUGAUUGUGCCAAACACAUUAGUGCUUCUUUGGGGUCAUGCUAGGCCUUUAAACAAGAAACUGGAAAACUCUUUUGAAGCCUCAGUCUCAUGGUUCGUAGGGAGAUAAAUGGUGGGGGAAGCUGUAGAACACAUACUUGGCAUUAUCACUGAAAAUCUAAUGUCUGCAAUAUUUUUCUCCUCAUAACCUUGGAAACUUUCCCAGGUUAUUGUCAGUCUUAUUGUUAGCACAGUUCUUAAGGGUCUGUUCUUGCCAAAAUGAGUUUUGUUUUGUUUUGUUUAUGUUGGGUUUUUUAAUGUUGUCUCUUGACCCUUAACACUCAGGUUCUUGUGGGUGUUAAUCAACCACAUACAAUGUUACCUUUAUGUGGAAGAAGAGGAUGACUGCUCAGGAUCUCGAUAAGAUGGUGGCUUUGAACCUCCAUUGAUUAGCCCCAAGUAGUCCAAGCUAAAGUCAUGUGGUUUUAUGUUUAAUGGUGACAGCUGAUCAUAUAUGGCAUAAUUUUCUGUCUGGCUUCCUAAUCAGUCAUUAUAAACAAAGACUUGAAAUAGUGUUUAAAUGUCCAAAUAUCUAAACGUGCUAAACUGGAGGUAACUAUUUCUAGGUAGCUGAAUUUUUGAAAGUGAUGAUCAGCCACACAGCUGUUUUGUACAUACUUAUUUUCUUGUGCACUUUUCUGUAUGCAAAUAAAGCUAUAAAUUUACUCAUUUCAAUAAACUGGAAUGGCAGAA